GACACAAAAGACAUUGUUAAGUGAGAAACUGGUUGGCUUUGGCCCUAUAGACCUGUAACUUUGAACUUGGUCGUGAGGAAGCGUACUACUAGGCUCUCUGUUUUUUGUUGCUUCUGUUGGUUGCCAACCCAUUUCCAGUCUGUAAAUACAUAUAGAAAGCAGAAAUAUACAUUGGAAGAUAGGAUACGUGCAAGAGCCAUGUGAGUUUUUUGGUGUACAGGGAUGGGAAGCCAAACCCUUCUUCUCGACAAUCAUUCUCUCUUUUUUUCAUAAGUCCUUUUGCCCAUUAAAAGUGUUUCUUCAGUUGUCUGAUUCAAGAUAUUUCAAGAUAUUUCUCGUCGUUUCUGAUCUCUCUCUCUCUCUCUCUCUCUCUGUGUUUCACUAAUAUUGCUUCUAUUGAGAUUAGCGAAGUCCAUAAAAACCCACAUCGGAUCUUGCUUUGUUUGCUUAUCAUUCAGUCGAAACUCAUCUGUUUGUCAAAUAGCAUGAGAUUCUUUUGAAGAGCAAACAACAAUCAACGACAUCAAUUUAGCUUUCUCAGCUUUACUUGAGAGAAAAAUGGAAAAUCCGAACAAUUCUUCUUCCAACCAAGCUUCCCUGAUACCGCCAUUACCGAAGGACCCUCGAGGCUCGCUCGAGGUCUUUAACCCUUCGACAUACUCAACCAGACCAACCAAUCCAGCUUUCCGACCACAACCCACAUGGCAGAACUGGGUCGACCCGCAUGCCAGCCCCGAAUCCGACCCGAAAAAACUCUCCACGAAGUCAGGCCGAACAGAGGAGAUAACCUCAUGGAUGGCUCUGAAGGACCUUGCGCCUUCACCCCCAUUGUCUCAGUCAUCUCCUCCGUUAAUCCAGAAGACAAUCUCAGCCAUUAUCAUCGAGAAGUCAAUCUUCUCCGACACCGAACCUUCUGGCGAAACAGACGUGGCGGCGCAGAGAGCUGCCGAGUGGGGUUUAGUGCUGAAAACCGACAACGAGACCGGAAAACCACAGGUCAGUGUCAGAACUUCCGGUGGGGAAGAACCGGGUAACAUGAAUAGUAAAACGGGCAAUUCGAGACGGAGCUCCAAUAACUCUGUUCGGAGCUCCGCGGAAUUGUCCGAGGAUGGAGGAGGGAAAGAUAGAGGGAAUAUUCCGAGGGUUUCGGAGGAUGUCAAAGAUGCCCUUUCGACUUUCCAGCAGACAUUCGUGGUUUCGGAUGCUACCAAACCCGAUUACCCGAUUAUGUAUGCCAGUGCGGGGUUCUUCAAGAUGACCGGUUAUACCUCCAAAGAGGUCAUCGGUCGGAACUGCCGGUUUUUGCAGGGUGCGGGUACGGAUCCAGAAGAUGUGGCAAAGAUUAGGGAAGCUUUGCAGUCUGGUUCAAGUUACUGUGGGAGGUUGCUGAAUUAUAAAAAGGAUGGGACCCAAUUUUGGAAUUUACUUACAAUUGCACCCAUUAAGGACGAAAAUGGGAAAAUUCUCAAAUUUAUUGGAAUGCAAGUGGAGGUGAGCAAGCAUACAGAGGGACUAAAGGAUAAGAUGAUCCGUCCCAAUGGAUUGCCUGAGUCUUUGAUUCGAUACGAUGCUCGUCAGAAAGACAUUGCUGCCAGUUCAGUGACUGAACUAGUGCAGGCAGUAAGAAAACCUCGAGCACUUAGCGAAUCAACAAAUCGUCCCUUCAUCAGAAAAUCAGGGGGUGGCAGGGAAGAGGAAGGACUAAAUGCUUUCGGAAGGAGAAACUCGGAGACUAUACCAUCACAUAGGCGAAAUUCACAUACAGGUCGUAGAAUCUCAAUGCAGCGGAUCAGUGAGUUGCCUGAAAAGAAACCAAAGAAAACAAGUCGCCGUUCUUUCAUGGGGCUUAUUCGGAAAAGCCAAACAAUAGAUAAUGAAAGCUUUGAUGGUGGUGUUCUUGUGGAUGAUGAUGAGAGUGAGGAUGAUGACAACUCUGAUGUUGAUGACAAAGUAAGACAGAAGGAAAUGAGAAAGGGUAUUGAUCUUGCCACCACACUUGAACGCAUAGAGAAAAAUUUUGUCAUUACUGAUCCAAGGCUGCCUGAUAAUCCCAUUAUAUUCGCAUCUGAUAGCUUCUUAGAGCUUACAGAAUACAGCCGAGAAGAAAUCUUGGGAAGAAAUUGCAGGUUUCUGCAAGGUCCUGAAACUGAUCCGGCGACCGUGAAGAAAAUAAGACAGGCAAUUGACAACCAAACAGAAGUUACUGUACAGCUUAUUAACUAUACAAAAAGUGGCAAAAAGUUCUGGAACCUGUUUCAUUUGCAGCCUAUGCGUGAUCAAAAGGGAGAAGUACAAUACUUUAUUGGGGUACAACUAGAUGGAAGUCAGCAUGUUGAGCCACUUAGUAAUUGCAUCCCAAAGGACACUGCAAAAGAGAGUGAAAUACUGGUCAAAGAAACGGCAGGAAACGUUAAUGAGGCAGUGAAAGAACUGCCAGAUGCCAAUUUGAAACCUGAAGAUUUGUGGGCUAAUCAUUCAAAGGUGGUUUAUCCAAAGCCUCAUAAAAAGGAUAGCCCCUCUUGGAAAGCUAUAAAAAAGAUUCUAGAUAGUGGAGAACAAAUCGGAUUGAAGCAUUUUAGGCCCAUAAAACCCUUGGGAUCUGGUGAUACUGGCAGUGUGCAUUUGGUGGAAUUGUGUGGAACUGGUCUUUACUUUGCCAUGAAGGCUAUGGACAAGAAUGUUAUGCUCAAUCGUAACAAGGUGCAUAGAGCUUGUGCAGAGAGGGAAAUUCUUGACAUGUUGGAUCACCCAUUUCUUCCUGCACUGUAUGCCUCGUUUCAGACUGGAACGCAUGUUUGUUUGAUAACUGAUUACUGUCCUGGUGGAGAACUCUUCCUGCUUUUAGACAGACAACCCGCAAAGGUCUUGAAAGAAGGUGCUGUAAGAUUUUAUGCGGCAGAGGUAAUUGUUGCGUUGGAGUACCUUCACUGUCAAGGGAUAAUUUACAGAGAUUUGAAGCCUGAAAAUGUCCUACUACAGAGCAAUGGACAUGUGUCCUUGACAGACUUUGAUUUAUCAUGUUUGACAUCUUGCAAACCGCAGCUUUUAAUUCCAACCCCAAAUGAAAAGAAAAAGCAACAGAAAGCUCAACAGAAUCCAAUCUUCAUGGCCGAACCCAUGCGUGCAUCAAAUUCUUUUGUUGGCACUGAAGAGUACAUAGCUCCGGAAAUCAUAGCUGGGGCAGGCCAUACUAGUGCAGUGGACUGGUGGGCUCUUGGCAUUCUUCUAUAUGAAAUGUUUUAUGGAUACACACCAUUCAGGGGAAAGACAAGGCAAAAGACGUUCGCCAAUAUUCUUCACAAAGAUCUUAAAUUUCCAGGAAGUAAAGAGGUAAGUCUCCAAGCGAAACAAUUAAUAUAUCGGUUGUUGCACAGAGAUCCCAAGAACAGAUUGGGAUCCAGGGAAGGAGCAAAUGAAGUUAAAAGACAUCCAUUCUUCCGCGGUGUCAACUGGGCUCUAGUUCGCUGCAUGAACCCUCCAAAGCUCGAUGCUCCUUUGUUUGAGACUACUGAAGAUGAGAAGGUAGCUCAAGUUGUAGACCCUGAGAUGCAGGAUCUACAGACCAAUAUUUUCUGAGGUUUUGAGCUUGGAAAGUUGGAAACUGCUUAUUUUCCACAAAGAAAUGAAGAUGGUUUUGAAUGUGUUUCACAGUUUGGAAAUGGCACCAACAGCUAAGCCAAGAGGCUAUUUCUAUUUUAUAGAAGGAAAAAAAGCCUGGAUAGCUGUUUUGUGUUUUGUAGAUGAGAAACUGAGGUUUUUUAUCAUCAUGUAUUGUUUGAUUUAAUGCUUUUAUAAUGUAAUCUAUGUGGGUUGGUUGGUUGUUUUAUCAAA